AUGACUUUGGGCAGCAGCGGCGGCGGCGGCUGCGGGAUCAUGUCCGAGCGCUCCCCGGAGGAAGAGCCGCUCUCCGAGGUGGAGGACGCGGAUAUCGACGUGGUGGGCCCGCCCCAGGAUGGGGGCAAGUACAGCGAGGACGAGGAGGAGGAGGAGGAGGAGGACGAGGAGGAGGAGGACGAGGAGGACGGCGGCGAUCCGCUGGGGCUCGCCCUGCCGCGGAGCGGGGCCGCCAAGGCGCGCAUGGGGGGGUCCCCGGAGCGGCUCUCCCCCGCCGGCGGCUCGGAGCCGGCGUGCGCCCGCGGCGCCGCGCCCGGGGAGAAGGCGCCCGCGGGCGGCGGCGGCGGCGGCGGCGGCGGCGCGGGGGGGAAGAACCCGCUGGUGAAGCCGCCCUACUCCUACAUCGCCCUCAUCACCAUGGCCAUCCUGCAGAGCCCCAAGAAGCGGCUGACGCUGAGCGAGAUCUGCGAGUUCAUCAGCGGGCGCUUCCCCUACUACCGGGAGAAGUUCCCCGCCUGGCAGAACAGCAUCCGCCACAACCUCUCCCUCAACGACUGCUUCGUCAAGAUCCCCCGGGAGCCCGGCAACCCGGGCAAGGGCAACUACUGGACGCUGGAUCCCGAGUCCGCCGACAUGUUCGACAACGGGAGCUUCCUGCGCCGGAGGAAGCGCUUCAAGCGGCAGCAGCAGCUGCACCCGCCGCACCCCGAGCUGCUGCUGCGGGCCGGGGCCGCCGACCCCGCCGCCUUCCUGCCCGGCUUCGCCUACGGACCCUACGGCUACAACUACGGCCUGCAGCUCCAGGUAUCCCCACCACCACCACCACCACCCCGGCGGAGGCGGCGGCGGCGCGCGGGCGCCUUCCCCUUCCCGGCGCCGCACUGCCCGUUACCGGCUCCGCCGCCUCCCGCCGCCGCCUCCGUCUUCUCCGCCGCCUCGGGGCUGCCCUCCUUCCUGGGCGGCGAGCUGAACUGCAGGAAGUCCUUCUACCACCCCCAGCUGAGCCCCACCGCCCUGCCCGCCGCCCUCCUCCAGACCCUGAAGCCGGACCCCACGCCCGCCGGCGGCGGCGGCGGCGGCAGCACCAACCACCCCUCCCGGCCCUCUUUUUCCAUAGACAACAUCAUCGGGGGGGCCGUGCCCCCGCCGCCCAGCACCAACCCCAGCGCCGCGCCCGCCGCGCCCUACCCCGCCGGCCAGGCGGGCCCCCCGGCGCAGGUCCUGGCCGUGCUCAGCCCCGCCUUGGCCCCGGCACAGCCCCAGGUCAGCCUGGCACACGAGCCGCUCCUGCAGCCGGCCCAGAACUUUUCCAGUAAAAUCACAACCCUGAGCAGCUGUCAUUUUUAA